UAGGGGCCGCGUUUGAGUGUCUCUAUGUGGCGGGGGUCCCAGAGUUGGGAGGGACAGGAGGUGGAACUCCCAGCAUGGGUCAGACGAGCCCAUUCCCAACGUUGGGAGGGUGGAGAUAUACUGCGCGACAGGCCAAACUGGAGUGAUCAAAAUGGCCUUCCCUCUCCGCACUCCUCAGGAGCUAAUCAUGGCGACGCCCCCUAAACGGCGGGCGCUAGAGGCCACGAGUGAGAAAGUGCUGCGCUAUGAGGCCUUCAUCAGUGACGUGCUUCAGCGAGACCUGCAAAAGGUGCUGGACCAUCGCGACAAGGUAUAUGAGCAGCUGGCCACAUACCUUCAACUAAGAAACGUCAUUGAGCGACUCCAGGAAACUAAGCACUCAGAGUUAUAUAUGCAGGUGGAUUUGGGCUGUAACUUCUUCGUUGACACAGUGGUCCCAGAUACUUCACGGAUCUACGUGGCCCUUGGAUACGGUUUUUUCCUGGAGCUGACACUGGCAGAAGCUCUCAAGUUUAUUGAUCGCAAGAGCUGUCUCCUCACAGAGCUCAGCGACAGCCUUACCAAGGACUCCAUGAAUAUCAAGGCCCAUAUUCAUAUGUUGCUAGAGGGGCUUAGAGAGCUACAAGGCCUACACAGUCUCCCAUAGAAGUCUCGUCACUGACUUCCUGCUUUCCUCCAACAUUAAAGAGCCUGAAUGCC